AGGUACAGUACUAAGCUCUCGCCGUGUACUAAAGGUGGCGUCUGGUUUGAUUGAGUUCUGCUUUCUCUUGUAUUUGCAUGUGGUGCUAAAUUUGAUCCUCCUUGGCGCCGGUCAUUUGUCCGUUUUUUUUUUCACAUGUAGUGAAAGCAACGAUCUAAAAAUGUAAAUAAUAACAUAUAGGAAAGGAAUACUGUCUUGAUAUCCGAAAAGAGGUUGUAUGUAUCCGUUUGUUUAGCUAUAAAGAUUGUAUCUAUAUAUUAGAGAAAAAAAAAGAAAAAAAGAGCACUUGACGCAAAGCAUUGUUUACAGUUACUGUAACUAAUAACGACGCACCAAGCGCAAGUGCAGUGCAGUGGUACGAAUACUUGAAAAACAGCAAAAAAACAUAGCUAAAGCAGGAAAUGAAAUGAAAAUGUGUAUCGAAAAGGGGGAAGUAUAAAGGGUUGUGUAUUCCCAUUGUAGAUGUUGAAAGAUUUCUCUGAAUACUGUAACAGGAACCGGUCCAGGCUCCCGUGAAGCAUAGUUCAGGACCCUAUGCAGAUGAUACAAUCCGGAAGUAAGUGGAGAAGGACAUUAGAGGAAGGUGUCAUUGGAAAAAUAAAAUCCACUUGGGCUGAAAGAUGAAGAGUAGACAUUAAUAUUAAGACUGGAAUUUCAGAAACCAAACAAAAAAGAAUGUCUGCAGAAAUACCAAUGAAUAAACAUUAUGUAAAGCAAUGGUCUGUGGAUUUACCAUCUGAGUCUGAGGUAGACUCAUACAAAAAGGAGGAUGGUGACAUGCCCAAACCAAUGUCAGUAGAAAACCAUUCCACAAACAACAACUUCACAAAUGGAAACUGCAGUGCAAUUAGCAACAUGGAUAACAAACACACACCACAAGAUAAACAAGCAAGGAAUCAUGUAUCGGAAUCUUUGCAUUUGCCUCAUUUCCUGAAUUCUGUUGUGGACCCUGAACAGCUUCAGGCUGGAACACCAAGCAGUGUUUUUGGUCAUCAGACUGUUCAUCAGGCAUUGCUUUAUAGAACCCUCCUUCAGAGCCCUGCACAGCAUGAACAAUUAAUUCAACUGCAGAUGGAACACCUCCAGCGAUUGGUACAGGAGCAAAACAGACUCAUUUCACUCAUGAACCCUGGUUUUGCAUUGUCUCCUGUACUUUCAGCACCGCUGUUAGGCCUGACACCUGGCCUGUUGCCAGGGAUGGAAGCCACUGCUCUGCCUUUAAACAGCAUGACAUGUAAGGACGGCCAAGUAAGCAUUCAGAAUCGUGUCACUUCACCUCCGCCCGAGGCCAGUAAUCUUUCAGAAGCAGCGGUACCUGCUCCACUUGGUUGUCAAACAGAUGAGAAUAUUCCAGAAAAGGAUGUAGUCCAGCCCCGAAACCUAUCACCUAUCAAAGAAGAAAGUGGAGAACAACAAGGGGAAGAGCCCCGCUUGGUCAGUCCCUUUGGGAUAAAAAGACGAUGCUCUGUUAACCCUGAGGACAGACCCAUCAGACCAGGAGUUGGAGUAAGACAGAAAACCUUUGAGGCAUUUGUUGAAGAACAGCUCAAAUUGGAUGAGGAAGUUCUGCAGAGAGAUAAGCAGGAGUUGAAACCAGCCAAAGAGACAGAAAAGAAAACUUUCCUGAAGAAGGGAGAAGGUAUAACACGGAUAGAAAAAAGCAAGGAAACUGUGCUGAAGGAUCAGAGGAGGGGACCCCUAAAUCAGGUGCUCAAGCGAGUGAGCUUGGUCAGUCAACACCGAAGAUCCCUACCCCUCCUGCAGGACACUGAUAAAAGUUGUGAAAGGAAGAGCACUCCUUUGAGUCGACAAGUCAGCAGUCCUGCGUUGAUGGAGUCUAGAGACAACAUGAUUAAGGCUACAAAUGAAGAUAGUAACCUGGACCAAGAAACUUACUUGGAACAAAAUGACAGAAGCAAGCAAUCAAUCCAAAAUACAGCUGGUAGUAAUGCAAGUAAUAACAAAGGAAAUGAGAUAUUGGGUAAAACUCCAUGUAGUAAAACGUCCACGCAAUCUAGAAGUUCAAGUCUGCCAUGUUUACAAAUCUCUUGCAGGAUGGACUUGCAGAAGCACAUGUGUUUGGCAGAAAAUGAUGACCAUUUAGAUACCCCUAAAAAGAUCAACUUACCUCAAGAGGAACAACAUCCCGAAAGCAUCACUUCUGCUUUGAGAGCUCAGUUGAUCUGCACAGACCAGCAAUAUUCAAACAACAACCAUCAGGUUGAUAAAACAGGAUCCAAUCUUGGGUUUAAAAAAGUCGAUGAUCAUAUUGUAAAGGUUUUUAAUGGGCCAGUUCUCUCAAAUGACAGUGGUAGUGAAAAAAGUGAAAACCAGGAAAAAUCAAAGAAAGGGAGAGAAGUCCAGACCUGCAGUACAAAAAUAAAAUUUCCUCCCAGCAGCACAAGUGAUAGCACCAGCAAUGAGGAUGAUCCCAAAUCUCAAUUCCAUGAACAACACAUCCACCAAACUCCACUGAGGCUGGGGCAUACUGAUCAGAAGCUAGACCUGUCCGAUGAUGAUUAUGCCAGCGACGCACCAAGUGGGGCAGAGGAAAGAGUUUGCAGACCCCAAACGCCUCACCGAUUACCAUUUUCUCAUCCAUUCUCCAGCACCAGUAGCAGUGACAACAGCGAAACAGAAAUAAGGGACUUUAACUGGCAUAAGAUAACAGCUCCUUCUCCAUGUCUCAAAUCACCAAGAAAGAUGGAGGCUGAGAAGAGAAAGACACCACCAUUGUCAAACAACAGCAGGAACCGAAAGACAAAUCUAUUGACUCCCCCCACUUCAGAGCUUGUAUCAAAUCUGUUUUCUGGCUUAAAAACUAGAACAAACCAUACAGCCCAGAGAAGAGUAUCCGAUGUAUCACAGAGCUCUGAAGACAAUCAAGGUGACAAUGAAACCCAGGCAAGACUUCAGAGACACAGUUUUCUGCAUGCAAAGACUGAGACGGAUGAUAGUUCCGUUCUAAAAAGCAUGAAAGAGGAACAGGAGAAAGCAUUGAAAUUUCUCAGAAAGAAAAUGGAUGGAUUUGUGCAAGAAACAGAAACUGAGCAUUGUAGUUUGGGAAACAGCUACAAAGAAUGUCCGUCAAUGAAAAAUCGAUUGUCAGCAUCUAAUCCACAUAUUGAUGAAUUACAGCAGCUAAAGGAACAGAUGAGGGCCUUGCAGGAGGAAUUCAAGCAGAGGGAAUCCCACUGGUCUGCAGCUCAUAGACAGCUGAAGAGCCAGGUGGAAGCCUUGACCAGAGAGAAUGUUGAUCUUAGGGAUGAGCUCAGGGUGUCUGAGAGGCACCAGCAAGAGACCUGGUGGUCUCAUCACACUACAGCUCAGUGCACCACAAAGGCAGAGACUCCGGUCUCUGAAGCAAUACUGACUGGCACCUGUCGGGCAAAGAGCGAAGAAAGGACAGUUGGCUACUCCAGUCACAGUAUUACUCCUGUCGGGAGGAGGCUGCAGUUUGACAAAUCACUUUCACCAAAGUCUGAGAUCCAGAAAGUAGAUCAGAGUGAGGCUCUGAAGAGGAGUUCGAGGGCUUACAAGGACAAAGAUCUCAAUGUUGCAACCUCUGCCAGGGUCACACCAACAGGGCGCAUGACACCCAGCCAGGGGAGAGCAAACCCUUUGGAUACAGAUGCAGCAAUGCAUCGCUUUCAUACAAAUUUGCAGAAGUCAACACGAAGAAGGUCUCCUGUCCCCAAUUUGAGAGCUGUUUUGGAGUCAGAGACAUCCUCCACAAGAGGACGCUCUUCAAAUCCCAUCACUUCAGAGGAAUUCCACCAAGAAGAUGACAACACCACUAAAUCUCACAGCAGCCUUAAUGAAGUGGGGGUUUCUAGAUGUCGGGGAAGGCAAGUGUCAGUAAUGGGCUACCAGAGUCGUAGUGUAACACCAAGUGGAAGGCAAACCCCAUCUACUGGCAAAGCAACUUCUUCAGAGUCUGAGCACAUGGAAGGAAGACCAAACUCAGCAUUAUCCAGAAAAUCUACACAUCCACAAAGUGAUGUAAGAAAACAACCAGAGAAUCCAAGUGAAAAGGAAAGAAGAGAGAAAUCAGCGUUAUCAAAAAUUGCAUCAUCUUAUGUUGGAACCAAGGGGAGUGAUGAUGAAGUGCGGGAAGAAACGCAUUUCCCAGAUGGCAAGACAGUACAGCUUUUCUCAAGUGGUCACCGGAUAAUAACUUUUCGCAAUGGAACAAAGAAGGAGAUUAGCGCUGAUGGAAAAUCAGUCACUGUUACUUUCUUCAAUGGGGAUAUCAAGCAAAUCCUGCCUGUAGGGAAAGUGAUUUACUUCUACGCUGAUGCUCAGACAACUCACACCACUUAUCCAAAUGGCCUUGAAGUUGUGCAGUUUCCAAAUAACCAGAUAGAGAAGCAUCACCCCAAUGGUACAAAAGAGAUUGUUUUUCCGGAUAAGGCUGUCAAGCACCUUUACCCUGAUGGACGAGAAGAGAGUAUCUUUCCUGAUGGCACAGUGGUAAAACUUGCAAAGAAUGGAGAAAAGACAAUUGAAUUCAGCAAUGGGCAGAAAGAGAUCCACACUUCACAGUAUAAACAAAGAGAAUAUCCUGAUGGAACAGUGAAGACUGUUUAUUCAAAUGGAAGACAAGAAACCAAGUAUUCUUCAGGCAGAGUGCGCAUAAAAGACAGAGAUGGGAUUAUUAUUAUGGAUAAAAAGUAAUGCAGAGGUGUUUUUCGUUUUUUAAAUGCUGGUUUAAAACAUUAAUUAAAAUUGAAAAUCUUCUAAACAUAUUGUCAAAAAGUGCAGAAAUCUCCUCCAAAAGCAUGAUCUUUAAAUAUUUUUCCAGGGAUAAGCGUUUUAUUGUUUCAUUUUUCACUUCUGACAGUAGCUAUUAAUGCAAAAAUGUCCGAUUAGAAUUUUCUGUUUGCUUUGUAUUAUUUUAUAAUAAAACAUUCAAUUAAUGUGGUAAAACUUAUCUAAAUAGCAUUUAUAAUUUAUAGGAACAUAUAUUGCCAAUUCCAACAUAUUUGGACUAUUUUUAAUUUUUUGAAUAAACAUGAUAUAAUGUUAUGUGUUUGUCAUGUGCUUCCUCACAGGCCUGGGACUCUGGGUUCAAUUCUUAGGGUGCUAGCUGUGUGGAGUUUGUAUGUCCUUAAUGUUUUUACUCCAGUUUCCUCCCACAGUCCAAAGACAUACUGGUAGGUUAAUUGGCUUAUAGCCAUGAUCUGCUUGUGUCUAUGUGUACACUGCGCAGGCUGUAUCCCAAUGCUUCUCUGGAAAGGUUCUGGGCCAUACCCUAUAAUGGUUUAGCAGUUAUUGAAAGUGAUGCUAUAUCACUUUGCAACUCACAACUGGCAACCCACUG